CGCAGCCUGUAACGCGUCUGUGUUUUCCGAUGUUCGGAGGGGAGCAGUGGAGGCAGCAUGGAGCCAUCGGACCGUGUGCUGUCAGUGAAGCAGCAUCUCAGCCACAAGUGGAUCUGUCUCCCAGCCCUGGAUCUCUCACCUCCACGACACCGACCUCACCAUGACCAGGCCGCCGAGGCUGUCCCUGUGACCGACGGCAGCUCAGACGUCUCCGGCGGAUUCAUCUGGUCGCCUCUGUAACGCUGGAUACUUUUCAAGGCCUCAAGCGAUGCCUCGGUCCACAGUUGAGCUGUGAACCCGCCAAAACAUUACCUCGACCCGGUGACGCGUCGCCGAGGGACCCGCGGCGGAGCUACGGAGAGAGCGCAGAGGUUGCCCUCCUGUGUGGAAGGGCUGCUCUACAGAAAUGCACCCACCGUCUCGACAGGACUACGUAUCCGUGAGCCUUGCUGGACAAGGAAGUGGAGGUUACAACAACAGUAAGCAGUGGAGGAGACAGUCCUGCUGGAGGAAAUGGAAGCAGCUGUCCAGGCUGCAGCGGAGCCUCAUCCUCUUCAUCCUUGUCCUUAUGUUUAUUUGUGGGAUUGCCACCUAUCCUUCCAUCAUUGAACACCUCAGAGGCCUUCCAGAUGGCGAGCACGACAUAGACAGUAACAGCGCCCUGAGGCCCGCCAUCCCUCAUGUGCUGCCUGAGCCUGUCAAACAGGGUCAUGCAGCACUGCCAGAACAACCUUCCCAGAGGAAAUUAUCCAAUAAGAGAGGACCACCUGUCCUUCAGAAUCGCCUUCAGAGGAAAGGGAACACUUCAGACAUAGUGGUGGCGAACAAGGCGUCUGACAGCAAGAAAGAAGGGGAGGAGGAGAUCAUCAGCUGGCGUGGAGCAGUGAUCGACACUGAACAGGUCACACAGGGCACCAAGGAUGGGGAAAAGGAGGAUUCACCUACCAACCAAGAAGCCAUACUAUCCAAAGAGUCAGAAACUAGCUGGCUGGAGACAGUGCGGGAAUCUUUCAGACAUGCAUGGAAGGGCUAUAAAGAUUUUGCUUGGGGCCAUGAUGAGCUAAGGCCCAUCUCCAAGUCCUAUGGCGAGUGGUUUGGCCUUGGUUUGACGCUUAUUGAUGCCCUGGAUACCAUGUGGAUCCUGGGGCUCAAAGAAGAAUUUGAAGAAGCAAAGGCGUGGGUGGCCACAGAGCUGACCUUCAACAAGAAUGUAGAUGUCAACCUGUUUGAGAGCACCAUUCGCAUCUUGGGAGGUCUGCUGAGCACCUACAAUCUAACUGGAGACACCCUGUUCUUAGACAAGGCUAAAGACAUCGGCUCCAGGCUGAUGCCUGCCUUCAACACCCCGUCCAAGAUCCCCUACUCUGAUGUGAACAUUGGGAAAGGUACAGCCCAUCCCCCUCGCUGGACCUCAGACAGCACAGUGGCUGAGGUUACGAGCAUCCAGCUGGAGUUCAAAGAGCUCAGCCGCCUCACCCAGGAUCCCCAAUACGAGGCUGCGGUGGACGAGGUUAUGAAUCAGGUCCACAAGCUGGACGGCAAGCUGGAUGGUCUUGUUCCCAUGUUCAUCAAUACGAACAGUGGACAGUUCACCCAUCAAGGCAUCUACACACUUGGAGCCAGAGCAGACAGCUACUAUGAAUACCUCCUGAAGCAGUGGAUCCAAGGAGGCAAAAAGGAGAACCAGCUAUUGGAGGACUAUCUACAAGCAAUAGAAGGUGUAAAGAAGAACAUGUUGCAGAAGUCUUCUCCUAAUGGCCUUACUUUUGUAGGAGAGGUCUCACAUGGACAGUUCAGUUCUAAAAUGGACCAUCUAGUGUGUUUCCUGCCAGGCACUCUGGCCCUUGGUGCUCACAAUGGCCUGCCUGCUGAUCAUAUGGAUCUGGCUAAACAGCUGAUGGAGACCUGCUACCAGAUGUACGUCCAGAUGGAGACAGGCCUCAGUCCAGAGAUUGUCCACUUCAAUAUGCAUGAGGGCAGCAUCAGAGACAUUGAUGUGAAACUUGCCGAUAGACACAACCUCCUGCGACCAGAGACUGUGGAGAGUCUCUUCUACCUUUACAGGUUUACCAAGGACCUCAAGUACCAGCAGUGGGGUUGGGAGAUUCUUAAAAACUUUAACAAGUACACUAAGGUUUCCUCUGGUGGCUACACCUCCAUCAAUAAUGUGCGCGACCCAGGCUAUCCGAGUCCUCAAGACAAGAUGGAGAGCUUCUUCCUCGGAGAGACCCUGAAAUAUCUGUACCUGCUCUUCUCAGAUGACCCCAACCUCAUCAGCUUAGACCAGUACGUCUUCAACACUGAAGCUCAUCCUCUGCCUAUUUGGCCUUCCACUGCGUGACACACACAGGGAAGAAUUCAAACGUAUAAACACAACAAAUUAUCUCAGGGUUGGUCAAACACCAAGAUGAUAGCUACACCCCUUCUGUCUCAGUGAGUGAACUGCCAAAACGACCCUGAACACAGAUGGAAAAAAGCCUCUUUUCUGAUUGGAUCUAUUGUUUGCUAUGUGCUUGGUCUUGGUGAAAUCACAGGAGCUUGGGUCGGUGUGUAGCUUAUUUAUACAUAUUUGUCAUUAGGAUUUCUGUUAGUGACAGAGUGUUUUCUGGAGGAGCGGAGGAAGGUUUCUGUUCUCUCUCUCAGAUUACGUCAGCACUGGAGAGGAACCUGAAUGUGACUUGAACUGAAGCCGUCUUAGUAACAUGUUAUGGGGGAAGGUGGAGUGUAAGGUUUUGACUGAUAAUUGAUAUUUUCAGAUUGAAGCUGCUUAUAUUUGCUUACAGUCACGUAUGUUCAAUUUCUAAAAAUUACCAUUUUUAUUCCAGAGAAAAUCCUCCGACACUUUCAUGUCUUAAUUUGUAGCCCUGCAUUGUAUUAUUACAAUGGAGACGUUUCUGAAACAGAAUGUAAUCCAUUGGGACACAAAGCCAGUGUCUGGUGGUCUUACCUCAGUGCGAGGUGUGAAAGCAGCAAAAAAAAAAGUUCCCUUACAGCAGCCGCCAGCUGUGAGAGCUGAAACCAGCCACAGCCUGCUGCACAGAGAACCUGACUGCUCUGCCGACAUGUUUGCACAUGGGUGCCACCGUUGCAGGGAUCUGAGGAAAAAGCUAAUUCCUUAUCACACUGUAUAGAGUCUCUUAAGUGCUCUGGCAAGAACUAUUCUUCCUGAACAGAGCAGAGCGUGCCAACAGGCUGUUAACACAUUUAUACCUGCAUUAAAAUGUGAUCAUUGUUAAAUUGUCCAAAUCAACUCCAGAGGUCAAGGACGUAUUGUGAUUGAACAUUGAACACAAGUAUAAAGUUACAGGUGAAAAAACGAAAUCCAUGCAACCGUUUCAAACCAGUGAAGUAGCAGCUACACAGCUAGCAGCCAUUAGCCAGUGAACACAGGAAGCAGUCCUCACAUUACUCAAGACACCUGUGGACGGAGUGAAGACGAGAUCCAAAAGCAAGAAAACACAAUAACAGCCUCUUCUCUUUUUUGUUGUUUGCUGAUGGAUCUCUUCAAACAAGAGGACGGUCAGACUUCAGUGUGAACACUGCAGACACACAUUAAUACCAGUUGAAAAUCAGGUUCAAAUCAUACCUUCAUUUAAUCUGGAUACAGGUCGCAUUUCAAUGCCAGGUGUAAAAGGAGUGUGUGUUUUGUGUCCCGUGCUGCUUUCAUGUCAUACAGGAUAUGGUGGGAUUUUACAGCACAAAAAUCCCGCUCAGUAACCUCAGGUCAAGAAGACAUUGCUUGGAAAGUGCUACUUGAUUAAUGGAUUACACGGACCAGUCAUAUGCAGUUGGCAGCUACAAACAUUUACUGUAGGGUUUGGGGCAUAUGAUGAUAGUACAAUAUCCGUUUGUCAUUUGGAAGCAGCAUGUAUGAAAAACGGCAAAGUAUUCAUGAUUCAAAAGCAGAUUAGAUUUCCCCCAGCCACCCGAAAUUUCUCUUCAUGACCUAUAAAAAACAUGUAGCAGCUUUUCUCCCCACAUGACAUGAAUGCAGCAUCUGUCUCAACAUGGGACGCAGACAAACUUAUUCCAGCUGUUGCCAGGCAGCAGAUUUACUUCUGAACUGUGAAGCUUUUGUUUUAUGAGCGUAGUCGUGAGUUCUGAGCAUUUAUGGUUCUGUUUAUUUCUUUGUGGGUUUUUUGUGUCCUGAGCAGUUGCUCUUCACGCUGAAUGUUCCAUUGCUUUCUUUUGUCAUUUACCUCUGUAAGGUUUUUAUUAUUAUUCUCAUUGACCUGUUAGAUUUUAAAUAUACAUUCAGCAUAAUAUAUUGAUUUCUAGUGUGUGUUUAAUGUUGUAAUUGCAGCUAUCUAAAUACAGUGAGCUGGGAUUGUGUUUUGUUCAGUUUUUGUUGUAGUGGCCACUUCAGAGCAGUUUGCAGUCCUUCCUAUAAAUACCACUAGUUAACAUCAUAGCUCCGCUUGUAGUUGUUACUUUUAAAAACUUUGAAUUGAGACCAAACCUCAUUUAGUUCAUUCUGUUAUUUUCCUCACGUGUGCCUUUAAUGUUGCUUCAGACAACAUUCAAAAGACCAACUGCUAGCUGUCCGUAAACGUGCAUUUCUAUUCAUCCGAGCUAUUUUUUACAUGUAGCUGACUUACAACAGUGUGUGAUGGUGAUGAGAAUUUUUACAGUAGGAUUGAAGAUUGAUAUUUUUCCCUCAACGCAAUCAUUAGGUUUACAUGAUGCUAAUCUCUCCCAGUGUGAAUUUAAAUCCUACUUACAAGGGCUCUGCGUGAUCCCUCCCUGGAUCCUUCAGCAUAAAAUCUGAGCCAAAGACUUGCUGGAGAUACCUUCACCCCCAGCGUUUGGUUUGUUCUUACGAUGAAAAGCCAUUCUCUCCAAAGCCACAUCUUUCAGGAAAAACUAACAAAGGAGAUAUUUUCAGUGCUUUUGAUAACAGUGUCACUGGUGUGGGUUUUGAAGACUCAAUAUUUUUAGACAAAAGCCACUGAUGACUUUUAACAGCAGGCCACACACACCCACAGCUGUACAGUUGUUUACAGUCAGACUUGCCCAACAAUCAGUUUCUUAUUAUUAGAUCAUUACAGUGGUAUCGCUACACAAAGCACAUUAAAGUGUAUUUAACCAGAGUGGGAAGAUUAAAACCUCACUCAAAACAUAUUUAUAUAUAUAAGUACAAGAACAGGACAGCGCUGAGGCCAGAGUUGUUGAGUACAGUUGGUAAAGUUGGAGUUAGGGGUUCUAAAUACUUACUCACUGUGUGAACGUACACUGUAAUUACCUGUCAAAUGUAUAUACAAUAAUCUCUGGUUAUAGAGGUUGAUAUGAUUGUUAAAUUGUUGCAGACCCACAUGUUCACAUUAUGUCAGAUUUACUGAAAAUAGAAGCCAGUGGACCUAACGACUGUCCCCGAAGUGUCCUGGAACGCAGGUCAAGCAUCAAACUGAUAAACCCAGGAUUAUAUUCAUCACAGCCACUGUCUGCCCCAGGUGACUGGUGAUAUUUCCAGUAACAACAGUCCCCUGCAGGCUCGAAAGAUGAAGACACGCUAAUUUCAUUUUGCGACAGGUUCUAGUUUGCCCCAAAUAGCCAAAACAUGACUAAAUACAUAUCUGCUGGCAGAGGUUUUGAGGAGGCUCCACGCUGACUACACCCAUUUUCUCUCUCCUAGGACAAGGCAAAACUUUACAGCCACUAGUCAAGUUCACUGAGGAGGGAGGAGGUGGUGUGUUUUUAUACUUUAUCCAUUGACAUUGUUUGAAAAGUAGCGAUUGGUAUUCUCCAUUUAUUCCAAGACAUCCUCAUGGUCACGGUCACUUGAGUGCUGUGUCCUCUGUCUGAAGUGUGACCUCUGCCGACGCUGCGAGAUGGGAUCUUACAUACAAAUGUGGGGAACACGUGUAAGAGCUUUGUUCUGACGGAGGGGCGGCCUUAUUGGUUGUUUUUCUUUCCAUUUCAAACCUUAUGAAAUGUAUUGUUGAUGUCACUUGGUGUAAAAUAAACGCUGGACCUGCAUUCAUUCUGUGCAAAAAAAUUAAAAUGAUGAAAAAGCUUUUAUUGAACAGAAA